UUUGUUGAAUGGGGAAAAGAGAUUUGUCAUAAAUUGAGAAAUCGUGGGUAUUGGGCCGACCUAACGGAUCCUUGUUCUGGAUACCCGAUUUUCUCUGAUCCCGGACCAGCAAUUUAUCCGGACGUUCAAGGAGCCGUAGAACUAUUAAAAUAUGACCUCCAUAAUGCAGGAUGUUGUCAUAUUUUAUUGCAUCCUAAAUGGGGAAGUAAAGUGUAUCCUGGAACUUUAUUCACUACUGCCGAUGAUUUAGUGCUUAAGCAAGUGAUUUCCGAGUGUACUAAUUAA